GCUCUACUUCUUUUCUCCGUUCGCUUCCAGAGCCUCUUCUAGCCGAGCGGCGAGAGAAGCGGCGGGUCCUUCCCCCCCCCCUUCUAUUUGCUGUCAGGUCUUUCGUCGCUCCAGUAAAAAAGGCCGGUGGUCCUUUACGAGAGAAGUAAACAGCCGGGGAGGGUGUUGGCGCGCUCACUUUCGGUGUUUUCGCUUGAGCUGGCAAGAAAAGCGGGCGGCUCUUCUGUGCAAAUAUGACUGCCGGCUUCCCGGGCUCGGUCGACGAGAGGCUGUUGUCAAUACUAUAAGACUCUGUUUGGGAAACACAUUUUUAAAAUGGAAGAACUAGAAGAUUCAUCCAAGAGAAUUCUUUUAGAGCCAUACAACUAUCUGCUUCAGCUUCCUGGUAAACAGGUCAGAACUAAGCUUUCCCAAGCCUUUAAUCACUGGUUGAAUGUUCCAGAAGACAAACUACAGAUCAUAAUUGAAGUUACAGAAAUGUUGCACAAUGCAAGUUUGCUUAUAGAUGACAUAGAAGACAAUUCAAAGUUACGACGUGGCUUUCCAGUGGCCCACAGCAUUUAUGGAAUACCGUAUGUGAUAAACUGUGCAAACUUUGUAUAUUUCCUUGGUCUACAAAAGGUUUUAACGCUUGAUCAUCCAGAUGCUGUAAAAGUAUUCACCAGUCAACUACUUGAACUCCAUAAGGGCCAAGGCCUGGAUAUUUACUGGAGAGAUACAUAUACCUGUCCUACAGAAGAAGAAUAUAAAGCCAUGGUUCUGCAAAAGACAGGUGGCCUUUUUGGACUAGCCGUGGGCCUUAUGCAGUUAUUUUCAAAUUAUAAAAAUGAUCUGAAACCACUCCUUAACACUCUUGGGCUCUUCUUUCAAAUUAGAGAUGAUUAUGCAAAUUUACACUCCAAAGAAUAUAGUGAAAACAAAAGCUUUUGUGAAGACCUAACUGAAGGAAAGUUCUCAUUCCCAACUAUUCAUGCAAUAUGGUCCAGGCCAGAGAGCACACAGGUUCAAAAUAUUCUGCGACAGAGAACAGAAAAUGUGGAUAUAAAAAAAUACUGUGUACAUUACCUUGAGAAUGUGGGAUCCUUUGAAUAUACCCGGAAAACACUAGAAGAACUUGAGUCUGAAGCUUAUAAACAAAUUGGAUUGCUUGGGGGCAACCCUGAACUUACAGCAUUAAUUGAAUAUUUAAGCAAAAUGUUCAGGGACAAUGAAAACUAACGGUUAAUUGAAUGUUUCUGCAAAUGAUUUUUAAAGGAUCAAGAAAAAUUAAAUUUGUUUAACAUUA